AAAAUACUCCAGAGAAAAAAAACAAAUCCCUACAAAUUAGCGAUUUUCUCUCUCUCAAAGAUUUGUCUCUCUCCUUCCUGGUUCCCACUUCUCCAGUGAUCUGUCAUCUCUCUCCUUUUAGGUAUUGAAUCUGUGAUCUACCGUAGACCUUACCUAUAAAUUCAGAGUUUUCAAGCUUUCUUUCUCUGCAAACCGCGUUUUUUAAUUGAAGAUGAUCGUAAGUAUAUGGUCAACGGUAACUGGAAAUUCUUUAUUUGCACCUAUGAAACGACACACAGACUGAAAUGCAAUUUGCACUCCAGAUUGUCUUCUGGCAACCAGGUUCCUUAGAUUCUUCUCUGUGGCUUUUCAGAUUUCAACAGGAAAUGCAUAAAAUGGGUACAGAUGAUGGGAGAACUGGAUUGACAGAGAAUAACAAGCUCUGUGAUCAUUCUGAAGUUGACGACCACAUUGAAUCACUUUGGAUGGUGGUGAUGAAUCGGUGGCAGAAUACUGAUGGCUUACUUGAAGGGCCUGAAGAGUUGAAGCCCUUAAACAGGUCCAAGUCUGUAUCUUCAAUGGCACAGGCAUCCCCUUUUAGUAGGGUGAAUGGACCGAACAUGGAGAUUUCGUUCUCGAUCCACCACCGUGUAGCUUUGAAGGGGAUCAAGUUCAUUAGCAAGAAGGAAGAUAGGGUCUCUUUGGAUAGGCGAUUUGACGAUAUCACCAAGUACACCAAUGGCUUACUUCCACGAUUGCGUUUCUGGGAAUGCAUUGGGAUGAACAAAGAUUCGCAAGACUUUGCUGCGGUGCUUUUUGAUGCAUUAACUCUAAGGAGGAACAUAAUAGGUGACUCAAUUAAUAAAGCAAAAAUGCGCGAGUUUUGGGGACAAAUUUCUGAUAACAGUUCUGACUCAAGUCUGCAGACUUUCUUUGACAUGAUUGAUGAAGACGCAGAUGGUAGGAUCACGCAAGACGAUGUCAGAAAGAUUAUUAGCCUUAGUGCUUCAACUAACAAGUUAUCGAAUAUUAAGGACCAAGCAGACGAAUACGCCAAGUUUAUCAUGAAAGAGUUAGAUCCGGAUGACCUCGGUUACAUCAUGAUUUACAAUUUGGAGAUGUUAUUGUGGCAAAUACCACAAUCUAACAUCAGAGGAGAAAGCCAAUACUUGAGCCUGAAAAUGAAACCAAUUCGAAGUUGUAAUCCUAUAAGAAGAUUGUAUGAAGAUUUUAGCUUCCCAAAAAUUUUAAUCAAUGGUCCAUAUGGAGGAGCAGCAGCACAAUACUACAAGAAAUACGAGGUGGUGUUACUAGUGGGAUCAGGAACCCCAAUCAUCAAUAUUGUGAAAGAUAUUUUGAAUAACAUUAAAGCCAAAGAAGAUCAAGAGAACCCUUUGGAAAACGGUAGCACCGGCAAACUACAAAAGAAAAAAUCAGGGGAAGCAAACUUUAAAACAACAAAAACUUACUUCUAUUGGGUGACAAGCGAACAGGGUUCGUUUGACAUGGUUAAAGACAUUAUAAAUGAGGCUGCUGAAAUGGAUAAAUAUGGUGUCAUUGAAAUGCAUGCUUAUUGCACCAGUGUUUUUGAGGAAGAUGACGCUCGGUCUACCAUUAUUGCUAUUCUGCAGUCACUUUAUCAUGCAAGAAAUGGUAUUGAUGUUGUCUCAGGGACCCGUGUUAAGUCUCGUUUUUCUGAACCCAAUUGGCGUGAAGUGUAUAAACAGAUCACUCUUAAUCACGUGGGUUCCAGAAUAGGGGUGUUCUAUUGUGGAGAGUCAGCACCAGCAAAAGAGCUGAAACAACUAGCUCAUGAUUUUUCACAGAAGACGUCAACCAAAUUUGACUUCCACAAACAGAACUUCUGAUUUUUUUUUGCCCAUCUAAAGACCUCCAGAAAUUGAUCUAAUCAAACCUUCUAGAAUCAUAAAUUCUACCCCUCGUCUCUCUAUACAGAGAAUUGAAGAUGAAGACCCCUAUGAUGUCUGGUUUGUUAAGUAUUCAGGCCAUAUAAAGUUGGUCAUGUGAAAUUAUUGAUUCUGGUAAAUAAAUACUUUUAUUUGCUGUUAUAUCUAGAUUUAGCUAAAUAGGGAAUUGUUUUGUUUCAGGAUUUGAAUAAGAACAUGUCAUCUUUAGAUAGAUAUAGAGGAACCGUUGUGAGAAAUACCUUAUUGCUAGCAUGCUAGCCGAAAAAUAUUUCUACAAAUUAAUCAGGUAUAAUUAUAAAUA